GCCGCACUGUCUUCAUUUUUCCACCUUGCCUUUUUAAUCUCUCUCUCUCUCUCUCUCUCUCUGUAUUCGAAACUGUAAUCCACAUCUAUCUAUCUAUCUAUCGGAAGAAGCACAACACCACGAAUAUGUCUUCAGCUUUCUCUGCAACUAAAAUCAUCCAAUCCCGACCUCUCAAAUCCACCUCCAGAUCUCCCGAUAAACCUUUCUUUGAUCCCCUCAAAACCAGCACCUCCUCCGCCUCCUCCUCCUCCUCUUUCCUCGGAUCAACCCACAAACUCCGCCUUCAUUCCAAUUCAGCUGCUGCUCAUACCCGCCGUCGAUCCACCUCCGUGGUGGCCGUCUCCGAUGUCGUCAAGGACAAGAAGCUGAAAUCUAGCUCCCUUUCCAAUCUGCUUAUUACAAAAUCAGAAGGGUUGGAACUGUACGAGGACAUGGUCCUUGGCAGAUCGUUCGAAGAUAUGUGCGCCCAGAUGUACUACAGAGGCAAAAUGUUCGGAUUCGUCCAUCUCUACAACGGCCAAGAAGCUGUAUCUACAGGAUUCAUCAAGCUUCUCAACAAGGAAGAUUGUGUUGUGAGCACAUAUCGCGAUCACGUUCACGCGUUGAGCAAAGGCGUUCCUGCUCGCUCCGUCAUGAGCGAGCUCUUUGGCAAGGCCACUGGCUGUUGCAGAGGCCAGGGCGGCUCUAUGCACAUGUUCUCCAAACAACACAACCUUCUCGGUGGCUUUGCCUUCAUUGGCGAAGGAAUUCCCGUCGCUACCGGCGCUGCUUUCACUAGCAAGUACCGGAGGGAGGUCUUGAAGGAGGCCGAUUGUGAUCACGUCACUCUUGCUUUUUUUGGUGAUGGGACUUGUAACAAUGGCCAAUUCUUUGAGUGUUUGAAUAUGGCUGCCUUGUGGAAGUUGCCAAUUGUGUUUGUUGUGGAGAAUAAUUUGUGGGCAAUUGGGAUGUCUCAUCUCAGGGCAACUUCCGAUCCCCAAAUUUGGAAGAAAGGCCCGGCAUUUGGAAUGCCCGGAGUUCAUGUUGAUGGAAUGGAUGUGUUGAAGGUCAGACAAGUGGCCAAGGAGGCCAUUGCGCGGGCUAGGAGAGGGGAAGGGCCUACUUUGGUCGAAUGUGAGACCUACAGGUUCAGAGGACACUCUUUGGCGGAUCCUGAUGAGCUUCGCGACCCCGCUGAGAAGGCUCGUUUUGCUGAAAGAGAUCCCAUCGCUGCAUUGAAAAAAUACAUGAUUGACAACAAUCUGGCCAGUGAAGCGGAGUUAAAAGCCAUAGAGAAGAAGAUAGAUGAGGUAGUUGAGGAGGCUGUUGAGUUUGCAGAUGAAAGCCCUCCUCCACCUCGCAGCCAGCUAUUGGAGAAUGUGUUUGCAGAUCCAAAAGGCUUUGGUAUUGGUCCUGAUGGUAAAUACAGAUGUGAAGAUCCAAAAUUCACUCAAGGAACUGCUCAUGUCUAACCUUUUCAUGAUUAGUCUCGUGUUGGUUUUCAAUUCGUUGUUCUGUGUGGUUCUAAAAUAUACACUACUACCAUGUAAUCACUUUCUUUCUGUUCGUCAUGUAUCAUUAUAUACUUUUAUCAGCAGGACUUGUGACUUAGGUUGUGUCGUUAUUGUCAAUUUUGAUCUAGCUCCACUUUUAUUUGUCAUU